UUAAUCCGAUCAUUAUCUCAGUGGACUCCUCUUCUGUCACCAUGUCGUUCCUGGACACUCUGCGUCAGUGGGACGAGGCUGUGACCUGUGUGGACAGGGGGGAUCUCUCAGAAGCACUCAGGAUCUUCCUCUCUAUCCAAGAUCCAAACUCCAAAAUCUGUUUUGACAUCGGCUGUCUGCAUCUUCUUAAACAAGAGCUGGAGGCUGCAGAAAAGGCCUUCGAUUGCAGCAUUCGCAAAGACGAACAUCUGGCUGUGGCCUUCUUCCAAAGAGGAAUCACCUUUUACAGAAAAGAGAGGUUUGAGGAGAGUUUAGGGGAUUUCAAGCGCGCCUUCAAAGCCCUGAGAGGAAACCAGCUGAUCGAUUAUAAAGCUCUCGGUCUCCAGUAUAAGUUAUACGCAUGUGAGGUUCUUCACAACAUGGCACUCUCUGAGGCUCAGCUGGGAAACUGGGAGAAAUCUCAGGAGAACCUUGUGAAAGCUCUCGACUUCAAGACCGAGAACAAGCUCAACGCCAUCGACAGAGCACUGCAAUCCACGCUGAAACAGAAACUCUUCAAACUGGUGGAGUUCCCGUCUAAAGUUCUCUUCAAGCCGAACAAAAAUUACGUGGCCGAGCUGGAGAAGAAGGACUACCUGGGCAAAGCAAAGGUUGUUGCCUCUGUGGUUCCUCAGGACAUCUUCUCUGGGUUUGCACCGCUACAACCUCAGGUGGAAGAUAAUCCAGUACGUCCGAAGGAACCUGAAGUCCUGAGGGCUUUAGAGGGAGAACCUCACACCGUCCUGUUUGAGUUUGUUCCUGAAACCAGCGACGAGCUCGCCGUCGUGCCGGGGAACAUCGUGUUUGUGCUGCAGAAAGGUGCCGACAACUGGGCGUCUGUGGUCUUCAAUGAAAGAAGGGGACUCGUGCCGUACAACUACCUGGAGCGUUUGGAGAUCUCUUUAGCUUCUAAGCAGAACGAGGGCCUUUCUGCUCCUCCAACUCGAGAACCCCCUACCAGACCUGAGAGGAAAUCAGGUGUUACUCUGAGUGAUAACAACAACAGUGAAGAGACACAAACAAAGGACGCCCGGCCUGCAGACGACUCAUUGAUCGUCAAAGUCCACUUCACGUUCACCUUCGCCGUCUCGGUUCCUGCUGGGUCUACUUACGCAGUCCUGAUCGAGAAGAUCAGUAGGAAAGUUAACCUCCCGUCUGACAGAAUCACGCUGAGUUUAACCGCCGAGGCCAAAGACUUGAGUGUGAUCGACGCAGACACAGACAUGGCGAGUGUGUGGAGCCGUGCAAGAGGAGGACGCAUCACCGUGUGGUGUCACGCCAAAGAGGAGACUGAUGGAGCGCCUCAGAAAGAGAUUCACUUUGUGGCUCUUCACUCGUACGAGUCUUUGAAUCCAGAAGAUCUCAGCUUUCAUCAAGGAGACACAAUCACACUUCUCUCUCGAGUGAACCAGGAUUGGUUGGAGGGUCAGUGUAAUGGGAACACUGGAAUCUUUCCUGCAGCCUUUGUGGAAGAAGUUCCUCCCAGUGUUUAGUAGUUUUAAUCAAUUCAUCAAAGCAGAAAAGAUCCAAAGCUGAAGAGGAACCCCCAACCAAAAACCUCUAAAGGUCACAUAUCCUCUUCAACCAGUGUAAAUAAGUGUCAGAGCUCUUCAAAACAUGUGUGUGAAGUUUCUUGUUCUAAAUCCACUCUGAUCCUGUAUUUGAUCAUGCCUAUAAACCCCUCUAUUUCAGCCCUGCUCAGAACAGGCUGUUUCUGUGUCUGUACCUUUAAAUAUGUAAAUUAGCUGUGUCUGACCACGCCCCCUGGGUGUACUCAGUCUUUCUCAUUCCAUGUUCUAUUGUUUACGGUGAGAAGGCAGACUCAGAGGGCAGAACAAACACCUAGCUGUGGGAGCAUCACCCACCUGGGGGAGGGGCUACUGCCCUUUGUGAUGUCACAAAAAGAACAUUUCCAAACGGCCUGUUUGAGCACAUAUUUUCUGAAAAGUGGAGCAGGCAGAAGACGGAGCGGAUGGACUUUACUCUUCAUUGGGGGGUUUGUAGACGGACUAGAGACACGUUAGAGUUAGAGAAACAUGAUGAAGUGGAUUCAGCGUAAUAUGCAACCUUUAAAUUAUUAACUUCAGAAAAUCCUGCAGACCUUUUUAAUAAUCAGUAAAUAUUUCCCAUCCAUUUCCAAUAAAUAUUUAAAACAUUUGAAGGCUCCAGCUCCAGUUCGUUGCAUUUCUUUGGCGCUUAGAGAAGAAGUCUUUUUGUCUGAAGAAGAAGCGGUCUACAGGGGGCGUACUUCUGAUAUUUCAUAAACAGAUUAAGUAAAUGAUCUGCAGAUCAGUCGAUCCUCAGCCCCACUCACAUGAAACCUUUCAGUGUCAGACUAAACACCUUUUUAUGAAGGUCACUUUGUCUUCAGACACGUUUUAAUACUCGGAUGAAAUCACAGGUGACCUUUAGCACCUUUCAGAAACGCUCGACUGAAACACGAUUAUAAUUAAGACAUUUAAUAAUUUCAUGUGUGAUAAAGCGGACAGGCUCUGAUAAAUAAUCCGUCUGGUUUGAGUGUUUUUAAUCACGACAAAGACGUUCCCUCCUCUUCGUAGGCGAUAGCGAUGCCUCUCCGCCCCUUCACCGCCUUCACCACCGGCGUCUCGUCCAACUUCUGCUCCAAACCGCGCCAGCUCCGCUCUGCCAGGAAGGACGCUGAGAGGAGGAGGCAUACAAGAUAUUUAUAAAUAUUAUUGAACAGUGACUGUAUGUGUGUGAUGUUCUUCAAUAAAAACGUAUUCAUGUGCA